UCAAUUCAUAUUUCUAAACACACACGAUUAUAUCGUUUUCAAUAAACACAAUUUUACAACUUCUAUUUUUUUUCAAUUAAUAUUUUAAUUUCCUUUUUCGAAUUUAAAAGGGCAAUAUUAGUACUUCUCAGCUUAAACCCUCUCCUUCCUCCCGAACCCCUGUGUUACGUCGUCUCCACCUCGCUGCCGCCCGCCUCCUCCUCCGCCGCCGUGUUUCGGAAGAAGUAGGCUGUAUCUCGAUUUUAAACUCAAGAUUAAUAGUAUGGCCAGGGCUGAAGGUGAUAUCAAAGAACCGAUGAAUGAGCAAGCCAUUGCAAAUGUGUAUGCUUCCAUGAGGAACGAAAUCAACCAAAUCUACUCCAAGAUCACCGAGCUUGAAAUGGAGGUCAGCGAGCACUCCCUCGUGGUCAACGCCAUAAAACCACUUGAUCCAUCAAGGCGAUGCUACCGGAUGAUUGGAGGUGUCCUUGUUGAAAGAACAAUCAGAGAAGUUCUACCAGCUGUGCAGAGGAACAAGGAGGGUCUUGAAGAGGUGAUUGCUCGGCUCAAUGAAGCGUCCGAGAAGAAGAAAAAGGACCUGGCCGAAUUCGAGUCCAAGUACAAAAUCAGAAUCCGGAAGGGCGAUGGUGAAAUGAAGGAUGAAAGUAAGAAGGAAGGGAACGCGCAGGGCGUCCUCGUUGGCCCUGCCGGAUCGAAUUAAUAGCAGUUGAAGGUUAUAUCUAUGGGUGUGCUGCUUGUUAAAAAUCUUGAUGCUUUUCUUGGGUUUUUUUUUCUGGUGUUUUGGACUUGUGGUUGGGUCAUGAUCAUGGGUUGAGUAGUUUAUCAAAAUUACUACACUUCUUAUUCUUA